AUGUUGCAGAUGAUAACAUGCGACAACCAUUCCUCAUCGCAUGCCUGGCAAAAACAUGUCCACGGCGCCGCUGCGUUCUUAAGCUAUUUGUGUCCUACUAAUGAUCUGCCAGUGUCACCCGUGAAAGAAAUCAUAGAUAUUUGCUACACUACGGCUCUUGCUUGUCUUACCAGUGGCAGAAUUGUUCCGCACUUCUUAUUAGCAUUACCAGGUCGCUUUGGAGCGUCAUCUAAUACCUCAGAAGACGAGGAAAAUCCCUUGCUAUCAGCAAUGAGACUCUUUGCUAUCAUGGGUACCUUGGUGAACAUUCGUGGCGUGGCAAAUCAGAGCUUUGUCCCUCCCAGCCAACUAGUUGAACUGGCUAUACAAAGUGAUCAAGCCCUCCAAAACUGGGCAACUUCACUUCCUGCGUCGUGGACUUAUCACAUGCUUCCCCAAGGACCACAAUACAUUUAUCAGGAUGUAUGGUGUGCUCGGAUGUGGAAUUAUUAUCGUCUAGCUCGCAUUCUAGCUAACCGGAUAAUCAUUGACAAUUUUGGCAUAAGGUCACCUGCAAUGUUGCCAGGUGAUAAUUCCCAACAACGAUGUGAUCAGUCAUAUGAGGUUAUUUUGCUCCUUUUACAGGAAAUCUACAUCAGCCUGCCUUUCAUGUUCAACUUGGACCAACUUUCUUCCACCUCUAUACCACUCUCAGCAGCUCUAUUCUUCACAACCACUCUAUUGCAAUCUCUGUUGGAGCUCACAGACAGAGCUGCUCUCCUUCAAGGCUGGUCAUCCCCAGCAUGUGAGGUCAUAGGGGAAAGGUUUACUUUUGCGAGGGGCAUCAUAAUGCGAAACCUUUAUUAG